AUGAAGAGGGCUGCCCAGCCGUACCCGGGAACGAAGCAGGCUGCCCGGCCCUGCCCAGUAACGAAGAGGGCUGCCCAGCCGUGCCCAGGAACAAAGAUGGCUGCACGGCCAUGCCCGGGAACAAAGAGGGUUGCCCGGGAACGAAGAGGGCUGACCGGCCGUGCCCAGGAACGAAGAGGGCUGCCCGGCCAUGCCCGGGAACGAAGAGGGCUGCCCGGCCGUGCCCGGGAACGAAGCAGGCUGCCUGGCCGUGCCGGGAACGAAGCAGGCUGCCCGGCCGUGCCCGGGAACGAAGCAGGCUGCCCGGCCGUGCCCAGGAACAAAGAGGGCUGCCCAGCUGUGCCCAGGAACAAAGAGGGCUGCCCGGUUAUGCCCGGGAACAAAGAGGGCUGCCCGGCCAUGCCCGGGAACAAAGAGGGCUGCCCGGCCGUGCACGGGAACAACGAGGGCUACCCGGCCGUGCCCGGGAACGAAGAGGGCUGCCCGGCCGUGCCCGGGAACGAAGAGGGCUGCCCAGCCGUGCCCAGGAACAAAGAGGCUGCCCAGCCGUGCCCAGGAACAAAGAGGCUGCCCAGCCGUGCCCAGGAACAAAGAGGCUGCCCAGCCGUGCCCAGGAACAAAGAGGCUGCCCAGCCGUGCCCAGGAACAAAGAGGCUGCCCAGCCGUGCCCAGGAUCAAAGAGGCUGCCCAGCCGUGCCCAGGAACAAAGAGGGCUGCCCGGCCAUGCCCAGGAACAAAGAGGGCUGCCCAGGAAGAAGAGGGCUUCCCAGCCGUGCCCGAGAACGAAGAGGGCUGCCCAGCCGUGCCCGGGAACAAAGAGGGCUGGCCAGCCGUGCCCAGGAACGAAGAGGGCUGACCUGCCGUGCCCGAGAACGAAGAGGGCUGACCGUCCGUGCCCGGGAACGAAGAGGGCUGCCCAGCCGUGCCCGGGAACGAAGAAGGCUGCACAGGAAAGAAGAGGGCUGCCCGACCGUGCCCGGGAACAAAGAGGGCUGCCCGGCCGUGCCUGGGAACCAAGAGGGCUGCCCGGCCGUGCCCGGGAACCAAGAGGGCUGCACAGGAAAGAAGAGGGCUGCCCGACCGUGCCCGGGAACAAAGAGGGCUGCCCGGCCAUGCCCGGGAAUGUCAGGGCUGCCCAGGAAUGAAGAGGGCUGCCUGGCCGUGCACGGGAACAACGAGGGCUGCCUGGCCAUGCCCGGGAACCAAGAGGGCUGCCCUGCCGUGCCCAGGAAUGUCAGGGCUGCCCAGGAAUGA